AUGAGCUCUUUUGAUUUUCGGUUAGAGCAAGGGACGAAUGGUGAUUCAUUUGGUUUUGAUCCAUCAAAGAUUUGGCUAAAUGGGAAAGGAUGUCCGCCUAACACAGUUCCAAUUAAAAGGAUCACAAAACAAGACCUCAUCGGAGCAAAUAUUGCUGGUGAAAUAGCGUACAAUAAUUCCCUCAAUAUAAAUACUGGUGUUGAAGUUGCAGUGCUGAGAACAACCAGGCAAAAUAAGUUAUAUGGAGCUGGAAUGACAGUUUCGGUGUAUCAUCCUGCAGUUCAGGGUACACAGUACAGUUCCGCUCAUAUUAAAUUUCAAAAUGGUCCUGAUAGUAUUUCCGUUGGAUGGGCGGUUAAUCCCAGUUUAUACCCCGAUAAAGAAACUCGGCUCUUCAUAUACACUAUCACCAAGAACUCACACUGUUACAACACCUUCUGCCCUGGCUUCGUAAUCUUGAGUCCUAACGUACCUGUGGAUCUACUUCUCAAACCAUACUCUAAAAUCGGAGGACCCACCUACGAAACCAACUUAUUUGUGCGCAAGCGUGCUACAAAUGGGGACUGGUUUUUAGCGAUUGGAAAAGAUGUACCAAUUGGAUUUUGGCCACAAAGGAUAUUCACUGGGCUGGCUGAUUCUGCAAACUACGUGGAAUGGGGAGGAGAAGUUUAUAGUCCACCUGGCACUAGUCCCCCUCCAAUGGGCGCAGGACACCUGCCUACUGGAAAACUAUACGACAAUUGUUAUGGUAGGCAAGUCACUCUUAUAGGUGAAAACCAAGAGAUUGAUCACAAUCCUCCAUCGUGUCAACCUUAUUCGAAUAGCAAGGGUUACAAGCUUGUAGAUGCCGGAGUUGUUAGGCCUCCGUUCGAUCGAACGAUUGCCUUUGGUGGUAACGGUUUAUGAAACCAUAUAUUGUAGUCUUUUACUAUCAGAUAAACGGAAGUUAAUAAUUAUGC